AUGGAGAUUCACGUUUCCACUAGUAAUCUGGGGAGUUCAAUGCAGCCGCAAUACCAGCUCACCACCGACUUCCUUAUUUACGCAGCUGGACAAUUGAACAUUCCUCGCUACCCUAACAUUCCAGGUCUCGGUAGCUUUGUCGGCAAGCAAAUGCACUCCGCCCGAUGGGAUAGCACCUACGAUGUUGCAGGCAAACGGAUCGCUGUGAUCGGGAAUGGUGCCUCUGCAAUUCAGAUAGUUCCGGAGCUGGCCAACACCGCGUCACGGCUGACGGUCUACCAAAGGUCACCUAAAUGA